UGGAUGUCGGUUGUGGACCCGGGGAUAUAACAAAGGAUAUUCUUCUUCCGUUUCUUGAUCCAAAUGUAACAAUGAUUGAUACAGACAUUAUGGAAAAAAUGGUUGAAUACGCCAACAAAACAUAUGGUGAUAAAGAACGACUCAAAUUCGAAGUGCUAGAUAUUCAAACUAAAAAAUUGCCCGAGGAAUAUAUCUCAGAAUUUAAUCACAUUUUUUCUUUUCAUGCUUUGCAGUGGUGCAAUGAUAUUCACCAAACUUUUCGAAAUAUUUAUCAUAUGCUUCGACCUGGUAAAACAAUGCUUAUAUCAAGUAUAGCCCAUCAGGGACCCGUAUUUGAAUCUUUGGAAGCUAUGGCGGAAGAUACGCGGUUUACAGCGUAUAUGGGGGACAAACAGAAAUAUGUUGGAACAUUUCAUUAUUCAACCCAACCUCACGAAGAGCUAAAAAAAGUACUUGAAGAUAUCGGAUUUCAAGUUCAUCAUUGCAGUCAUCGAAACAAGAGCUCAUUCCUAAAUACAAAACAGUUUCUAUGUAAGUAUAUUCUCUCCAUAUGCAUGCAAAAAUUAAAUUCUAGACGAGAUUAUUAUUUGUAUCGUAAAUUUUUUUUCAUACUAUUAAUUACAGUGAAUUAA